AUGUCCACGGGGUCAGUGAGCGAUGCUGAAGACAUUCAAGAGCUGGUUGUCCAGCGCCUGGAUCUCCGCUACGGACGGUCCAAACGGGAUGUCAUGACCGACGUGCUUUACAAUUCUGCAGAAAACUCGGAGGACGAAUCCACCAAUGACAACGGGUACAACGACGCGAAGAAAAAACGAUUGGGAAAAGGACCCGGUAACAAACAGCUGCUUAAAACACACAAGGAUGGGAAGCAGUCUCAGAGAAAUGCCGCUAACGCCAGGGAGAGGGCGAGGAUGAGAGUGCUAAGUAAAGCCUUCUCCAGACUCAAAACUAGCCUGCCGUGGGUACCAGCAGACACUAAACUCUCCAAAUUGGACACAUUGCGACUUGCCUCCAGCUACAUCUCGCACCUCCGACAGCUCCUGCAAGAAGACAGAUACGAGAGCUGUUUUGUGCAUCCUGUAAACUUGACUUGGCCGUUUGUGGUCUCUGGGAGACCAGAGGAAACCAAGGAGAUUUCAGCAGCAUCUCGACUGUGCGGAGCUACAGCAUAG